CAUUAGAUAACCUCUAAAAAUUUGUAAAUUUGAUAGAUUUUGGGAAAAUGCUACGAUUAAUGAAUAGUUUCAAAAAUUUAGGUUUAGACGCCUACCCAAUAACUUCUAAUUUAGUGAAUGUAAAUGUAGUUAGAUGGAGAAGGAAACCGAGAAAGCCUAUGUGGAAAGGCACUGCAAAAAGUAAAAUUUUCAGAGUAUCCCCCAGACCGCAAAUACCAGAAGAAGAAACUGUCGAAAUAAAAAGAUUAUACAACAAGUAUAGAACAGAAUUGAAAACCAUAACAAAGUUUCUAACACUGAAAUACAAUGAGGAAUUUCAGCAAAAAGAAGACACAGAUUUGAAAAGAAAAGAGUUCGAAGAAGAUUUAAGAAAUUGUAUGAGAAUCAAUGAUGAAUGGAAUGCCAAACAGAAAGUUUUGAGAGAAGCUAGAUCAGAUGAAGAGCUUGAAGAAGCAAUUUCAAAAGCUAGACAGCAAAAACUAAUUACUGAGAAGAAAAGGGAGGAACACAUGAAAUUGCAGAGUGAGAUUGUCAGCAAAGAAAUUGAGUCUUCAAAACACUUUAUUCUACCUGAAAUGCUCGACGCUGAAAUUGAAAAGGCUCUAGCUAAUCCAGUCGACCAUAAUUUUGCUCUUGAUUUGGAUGGCAAUAAAAUCCAUGGUAGAGAAACUAUUCCACCUCCUGUAGAUAAAAAAGUGGCCACUAGCCAAACUAAUUAAUUGUAAAAUAAAUAUUAACAGUA